GGCGCGGGCGCGCGCGUGUAAUUCACCGCGAGCGCAGCACUCGAUCUUAUCCAAUUAGUAUAACGUACAGUUAGAGUCGAGUGAUCGAUUAAACUCGUAAAUAUAACACGCUUCGAGUUCGGUAAUAAUGAGUACAGUAUAUAUACGUUUACGGAUCCGAAAAAACUAAAUAAAACUAUGUGUGAGUGAUGUUCAGUGAAAACAAAACAAAAUGUGCUUAAUGUGGUCGAUAAGUGCUAUCUUAGCGCUGAGCGCUAUCCUGCCCGUGUGGACCGCAUCCCUGUCAGCGAUGACGGGGGCGCGGUACCAGGCCCCGGAUGAGUGUCGGUGGACGACGGACGAUGAUGAUAACGGAGUGACAUUGCAGUGUAGACUAAGGACAAUAAAUAGUGAGUUGGAGAAUACGAAUUUCAGUGCUAUUCAACCCCACCUCACCGUGCGUUUGCGGCUCGAGUGUAGUGACGCUUUAUUUUUCCAAAGUUCCUUAGCGCCGGGAAGUUUUCGUCAGUUAGUCGAGCUUCGGGAGCUCACGAUCGAAUACUGCAAAAUUGGAAACCUGUCCGAUGGUGCGUUCACGGGUCUUCGCGAACUGAGAAACCUGACAAUAAGAACUCACAACACCGACUGGUCGACUAUGUCGUUAGAGAUAACACCCACCGCGUUUUCGCGGGACGUUCAGAACUUGGAGAGAUUGGAUCUCAGCGAAAAUAAUAUGCUCAUAUUCCCCGAGGGAGCUUUCUGUUCUCUGAGAAAUUUGGCUUAUCUCAACAUGACUGGAAAUAGAAUGCGAGACAUUAGUCACUUUCAAUUUUCUACCGCUCAUAGACAUCCUACGGAGAAAUGCGGUGACAAUCUGUUAGUGCUGGACUUGUCGAGAAAUAUAAUAGACACAAUACCACCUGGACUACUGUCCGGACUGAAAAGGCUACAAAAGUUGUACUUGCAAGAUAAUGGAUUAAACUCCGUCGCAGAUAGAGCUUUGGAAGGAUUAAUCUCCUUGACAACAAUUAGAUUUUCUGACAACCAUUUGACGAGCUUACCUCCUGAGUUAUUUAGCGAUACAAAGGAGCUUAAGGAGAUUUAUCUUAAUAAUAAUUCAAUUACAGUCCUCGCGCCGGGUCUAUUUAGUGAUCUUUUCCAAUUACUGGUUUUGGACUUAUCAAAUAACGAACUAACUUCUGAUUGGAUUAACACAUCAACAUUUACCGGCUUGAAACGACUCGUUUACUUGGAUUUUUCUCACAACAGAGUUUCUAAGAUGGAGAUAGCGCUUUUUAGAGAUUUACACAACUUACAAAUCUUAAAAAUGCAGGACAACUUUAUUGAACACAUACCAGAAAAUGUGUUUAGCUCCUUGAGUAACUUGCACACGCUAAUAUUAUCAAACAACCGAUUGACAAAUAUAGAAAGUUAUGCAUUUCUGAAUUUGCCGGUUUUGUCUGUUCUCUCUAUAGACAGUAACCGCAUAUCUAAGAUACAUCCACACGCUUUGCGUAACUGUUCAUCUCUACAAGAUCUGCACAUAAAUGGAAAUCGCCUGGAUGAAGUUCCUAUAGCCUUAAAAGAAAUACCGCAAUUAAAAACACUCGACUUAGGAGAAAACCUGAUAGUGAGCGUAGAAAACGCAUCUUUUAUGUCAAUGAACCAAAUGUACGGAUUGCGGCUAACCGAAAAUAAUAUCGGAAACAUAAGCAAGGGCGUAUUCGAUAAAAUGACAUCAUUAAAAAUAUUAAACUUAUCAAGAAACAAAAUUCAUAAAAUAGAAGCCGGUUCUUUUGAUGGAAACAUUAAUUUGCAAGCCAUCAGAUUGGACGGAAAUUAUUUAACCGAUAUCGGUGGUCUCUUUACUAAAUUACCUAAUCUAGUGUGGCUCAACAUUUCGGAUAACCGCCUUGAGUGGUUCGACUACGCCAUGAUUCCGACCGGAUUGCAAUGGCUGGACAUUCACGCCAACAGAAUCGCUGAACUUGGAAAUUACUUUGAAAUUGAAUCGCAACUAUCGCUCAGUACUUUCGACGCCAGCUCUAAUAAGUUAACGGAGAUAACAGGAAGCGCAAUACCCAACUCCGUGGAGAUGCUGUACCUAAACGACAAUUUAAUAUCUAAAGUUCAGUCGUACACAUUUUUCAAGAAGCCCAAUUUGACGAGAGUGGAUUUGUACGGCAAUAAAAUAACGAGCCUCGACCCCAAUUCAUUGAGGAUAUCGGCUGUGCCGCAAGAUAAAUCGGUGCCUGAGUUUUUUAUUGGUGGUAAUCCGCUAGAAUGUGACUGCACAAUGGAGUGGCUGCAAAAAAUUAAUACCGGCAACCGAGCCCGUACGCAACCUAAAUUGAUGGACCUAGAUAGCAUACAUUGCAAAUUACUUUAUAAUCGAGGUAAUGCCUUCGUCCCGCUAAUCGAGGCAGCCUCGCACCAGUUCCUGUGUAAAUAUGAGUUCCACUGUUUCGCGCUAUGUCACUGCUGCGAUUUCGAUGCUUGCGAUUGUGAGAUGACUUGCCCGAAUAACUGCACUUGCUAUCACGAUCAGUCAUGGUCGGCAAAUGUUGUGGAAUGCACUAACGCGGGCUACGUCAGUACUUUACCGGAGAGAAUACCGAUGGAGGCGACCCAAUUGUACUUGGACGGCAACAACUUCAAAAUUCUUCCUAGUCACGCAUUUAUUGGCAGAAAAAGACUAAAGAUUUUAUACUUGAACGCUUCGAGUAUCGAAACUAUUCACAAUAGAACCUUUAACGGUUUGAAGGAGCUGGAAGUCUUGCAUUUGGAUUACAAUAGUUUAACAACUAUCGAGGGACAAGAAUUCGACGGAUUGGACAAUUUGCAGGAACUCUACAUUAAUAAUAACAGGAUAAAAUCUAUUGGCAAAGAAAUGUUCAAUCAUAUGGCCCGGCUGAAGAUAUUACAUCUACAUCAUAAUCGACUCGUCACGCUGGCGGUUUGGCAGAUAAAUCCUACUUUGACAUCUGUCACACUGUCGUACAACCCGUGGUCUUGUGAUUGUGAAUACACAGAAAUGUUCCGCGAAUGGACAAAGCGAGUGAACUCAAUUACCGACUUGUCAAGUAUCAAGUGCAUUUAUUCUAAAAACAUGAACAGUUCUGAAAUCACCAUAUACAAUGAGAGCGUAUUCGAUGAGCCAAAUUCUGGAUUUAAUAUUGCCGAAGAAAAUGGAACAAUCUGUACAGGGCUGCCGAGCAUUAAUAACAGUAUUAACGGAAACUUGACAGCAACAAAGACGAUUAUAAUGAACGAAGAAGUGCCAGAUUAUAUCCCCCUACUGAUAGCUACUCUCGGGGCUUUCCUACUAGUUAUAUUUGCUAUAAUGUUAAUAUUUAUAUACCGACAAGAGAUGCGUGUUUGGUUCCAUUCCAAAUACGGCGUGAGAAUUUUUUACAAGGAGACCGACGUGGACAGAGACGACAGAGAGAAGGCCUACGAUGUGUUUGUGAGUUACAGUUCGAAAGACGAAGCCUGGGUGAUGGAAAAGCUAGCGCCGGAGUUGGAGCGCGGCAAUCCGUCCUACAAACUUUAUCUGCCUUAUCGUGAUUUCCCCGUCGGUGGCUACAUACCGGCAGAUAACAUACGGGAAGCUGUGGAAUCAUCUCGGCGGACGAUCAUGGUGCUAAGUGAGAACUUUCUAAAUUCCGAGUGGUGUCGUUACGAUUUUAAAACCGCGCAUCAUCAAGUGUUGAGAGACAGACGAAAGAGACUAAUAGUGGUGUUACUAGGUGAUGUGCCUCAAAAGGACCUGGAUCCGGAUAUAAGACUGUAUUUAAAAACUAGUACGUAUUUCCAUUGGGGUGAUAAACGGUUCUGGGAGAAGUUAAAGUUCGCUCUACCCGAUGUGUCUCAUAAGCAGAGGUGUGGGGGGAUGCCGAGUCCCGGUGCUGUGCCUAUGCAUCGUCAUCAUCAUCCUAGGAGUCACUUGGGAGCCCUUCCACCCCCACCAGUCCACGGUGCCCAUCCCGUGUUGCCUCCUCAUCCAUCUCACGUCCAACACCAAAUACCACCAGGUAUCCGUUCCUCUCCUCGCAAUCUGUCCGUCCACGUAUGAUCAAACUUAACUAUUUCAAACAGUGAUUAUGUGUAUAUUGUGAUGGCUAGUCUGUUUAACUGUGUAAAUAUGUAUUCGAAAUUGAAAUUAUUGUAAAUAUGCUGUGUUAUGUUGGUACUUAAACAUUCCUUUUGUGCUUUGUUUGAUAAAACAGUGUUUGCAACACUGAACAUUACCCACUACAAAGACUUUUUAUUAUGAUAUAAAUCUGUGUAAAUUUUAGGCCUAAAAGCCUUAUAGUACUUGCCGUGUGCCUAUGUUAUUGUAAAGGCGGUGUCGCCACCAUCUGUGAUAAAGUAGAUGUAAUUUAGCUAUAUAAGUGUCCUAUAAUGUAUAUUUGUAAUGUAGUCAUGACAAAAGAAUAUUUAUUGUAAAAUAUCUAAAACUGACUGUGUCAAAAAGUGAUAAACAAAAUUAAAUAUGAACUGAU